AUGGCCGGGAACCCAUUCCGACAAUCCCAAGUCCUUAGUGCCAGCACCACCUCCGCAGCACCUCCGAACCGCGUAAGCUUCCUAGAUCCGGAGAGUAGCAGCGCCCAUGGCACACCGCGGGCCCAUGAGUCUGGGACCGCGAGCUCGUCGCCCUCCACGACGACAAGGAAAUCCGUCCACAUUGAAGCUCCCGACGCUCCCACCUCCGCCUCCGCCGCUCCGCCUCCGGCUCCGCUCACCGCAGAUGAUCCGGUAUAUCAUAGCUUGAGCUCUGAGAAGGAUGCUGGGCCGCCGCUGCCUAGGUCUCCGGCAGGCUUCUCGGACCACUUCGAGGACCAGCACGAAGUAGAUUGGUUUGACAAGGAGCAUAGUAAUGAGCGAAUAUAUGACGUUCAAAGAGGAAGGACCAUAAACCCGCCACAAGGUCGGCAUCUGGAGGCACCAACGCAGUCAUUAUCUGGAGUUCCUACCAAUCCAUUCGCAAGGACCUUGGCCAAUAUUGAAGGGUCGGAGUCAAGUAGAGGGGAACGGGAGCAACAUAGAGGUCGGGGAACAGGCUCCACGCCGGAAGGGGGAGCUCCCAAGGCAAACCUAGACGUCGAGAGCUUCAAAAGACUUCUCCUGACUGGUAUCUCGCCUCCUUCAAGCGGAAAGCAAACGACCCAAGCCACCGUAACCACCGCCGCACCGGCGGGCCUUUCCACCUUGGAAAGCAGCAGCACCGACACGUCGUCCGUCUCGCAUCAAUCCAUUGUCGAAGCGGCGCUUCAAGAACCGCGCGCGGAGACCCCGCGAACAUCUUACGAAAUGGCACCGUCUGAUGAAGAGAGGGUAGGCUUGAUUACUGAGGUAAAAAAGCCAGAGAAGAAGAAACAACCCCCUCCUGCGCCAAAGCACCGCCACGGCAAGCUGGUGUCCUCCAGAACCCCUCAGACCGUACCGUUUGCAGAUUUUGGAGCCUCGGAAUCCACUGUUGCCCCUGUUCGUCGGAGAACCGACUCUGAUCUCAACAAACCGUUACCUCCCAUACCUCCGGUCAGUUCGCCGCCGACGCAUUCCAGUUCGCAAGAUAUCACUCAGGAUACCAUUGCAGCCACGCGACCUCCCUUGCAAUCAAGACACAGUACAUCAUCCGAUCCUACGCAUGCUGCUGGCCAGCAGAAGAAGAUACCUCCUCCAGUUCCGCUUGCGAGGAGACAGAGUCAACUCCGUACCUCCACAACGGAAAACCGAUCCAGAAGUAGCUCCAUCCUCACCGUGUCCUCCCAGCAUUCCAUCGCCGAAUUCCCCACCAUGACUUCCAGCGUAAAUAGUGGGCCCAGAUCUUCUCCGUCACAGAAGGUCCCUCCACCACCACCACCGUCUCGGCGCUACGGAGCCUCUUUGUCAGGAGGUGCCAGCUCAAGCGCAAACUCCUCUGCCACCGAACUGCUCCCUGGGAGCCGACCUGAUAUCACGUCCCCUAACCACCCUUCCCCACGCAGGAUGAUUUCAUCCUCGAGCACGUCAUCUCCCGUCCCUGGGCACUCCGGGCUCUCCCGUACUCCCUCGACAACUUCAACUCGCACCAUCCCGCGCACCGUCUCUGGCGAAAGCACCUCUUCCGCCCCGCCGCCACCCCCGCCCAGGCGCCGCGCGUCUGGACGUUCAAGUCUUGACAGAGAGCGUCCGAACUACCCGCCGAGUAUAUCAUCAAUUGAAAGCCGACGCACGAGUUCCGAAGCCAAACGCACCAGUUUUGACGGAAAGAGACGGACCAGCAUCGCGAGUGAAAGCUCGCUUCGGUACGAGUACGCGCCCUCGACAGAGCAAGAACCAUUGGCGUGCGCUCCUACGGUGACGGAGGAGCCGCAGAGUAUGGAGCCUAUCGUGACUUCCACCGCCGCUCCCGCAGAUAUACUGCACGAUAUGGAGGAGUUCCAGAGAGAGAUUGACAAGUUGAGGGAGCGGUAUCAGAAGAGCAGCUGA